GUCCUUUUGUUACCAUAGUGACGGAGCAGCAGCAGUCCGAGUUUAGCUCGUUUAGUUAAAAGUUAGUAAAGAAGAGCUUAUUUCCGGAUUUAACUGCGGUCAGACUGGCUUUUAGAUGAUGGAGAAUGUUUCAUGUCAUCAAGGAAAAAGCUGAAAUAAGUGAAGAGGAGGAGAUGGAGAAGAAGAGGCAGGAGCUCAAGCAGACGGAUCAGAAAGAAGCUCCAACCAACUGCUGGGUUUCAGACCACCAGGAGCUUCACCCUGAGUCCUACAGGAUCAACUCCCCCGCUGAGACCCGACUGGUGACCCUCGCUGAAAACUUCCAGCUCCAGUAUUCACGCCAGUAUCCCGACCGCCGUCCGCUGCUGCUCUGUCCUCUGAACGAAUGUGGCGUCAGGAAGUUUGUGUCGACCACGAUCCGGCCCUCGCCAACCGGACGCUGUGACCUCCAGACCUGGCAGGGCUGCGCGGCGUUGGUGGCGGACCUUCUGAUGCUGGAGCCUUUGGAUCCUCCCACUGAGCUGCCGAGCGAGCUGUUCUCCCCCACGUCUGUGCUGCGUCGUCAGACGGGCACCUGCUUCGACUUCGCCACCCUGCUGUGCAGUCUGCUGCUGGGCAUCAGCUAUGACGCCUACUGCGUCAGCGGCUACGCAGACCGGCAGGUGUGUCUGCUGGACCGGAGCCAGGAGCGCUGCCCACUACUGGACACUCAGAAGUUUGUGUCGACCACGAUCCGGCCCACGCCAACCGGACGCUGUGACCUCCAGACCUGGCAGGGCUGCGCUGCGUUGGUGGCGGACCUUCCGGUCUCUGAGCAGAAACAGACGGAGAACAAAUACGGGCUGAGAAGACCCAGGAAUCGGAGCCGCCACAUUCUAAAGCAGCAGGAGGAGAAGAGCCACGAGGCAGCAGCGCAGAAACGGGAGCCAGGAGAGGAAGUGGAGCGUCCUCCGUCUGUCCACUCCCUGCAUGGCAACUGGGUUCACUGCUGGGUUCUGGUUCUGUCCGGAAGGUCCAACGUUCAGGAGAACUUCUUCAUCGACCCUCUGACGGGGAACAGCUUCCCAACAGACCACCAGCGCUUCCUGGGCAUCGAGAGCGUCUGGAACCACCGGAGCUAUUACGUCAACAGGCAGGUCUGCAGCAGCGGCUGCAAGGCAGCGCCGCCCAGAGUGUUUGAGAUGCCAAGGUCAUGGGUUGGUUCCAUUGCCAUCUCAGAAAAAGACCAGGUGAGGCGCUGGCCCGACGGAAAGAAGGUGACCCGCUUCAGAAAAGCAAACCUGGAGGAGUUUGUACCGGGUGUGAACGCAGACGGACUCGUCACCCGAUUAACGACCUACAGAGACCCGAGCUGCUCUGAGGUAGCCAUGGUGAAGGAGUGGUACAGCAACAGCAGGGAUCAUCUGGAGGAGAAGGAGAUCAACAAGCUUGAUGGUUGCAUUUCAGAACGCUUCAGUCCAAACAAGCACACUGAGAUAUUAUUUUACAGAAGGAAGUCGCUGCCCUCUGGAGCUGAGCAAGAAGUGGAGUUCAGCUGCAGACGUACGGACCACCUGGUGAGGAGAGUGAUGCUACCACGGGAAGUCGUGGACUAUUUCCAGGACCGGAUCGACUUCCUGUAUUACCGACGCAUCUGCUUCAACGAGCAGCUGGACUCUUUGCCGCAUGAGUCAGAUGUCCUGACCAUAGUGGAGCGUUUCCAUAGAAACACCAUCAAACCCGCCAAUGAAGACGUAGCUCAGCGUGAGUUCCUGGUGUCCCUAAACAGGAUCGAGCUGACCUUUCACCUCAUGGACCACCACUUAAUCCCCUCAAAGAUGAGCUUCAGAAUGCUAAAAGCACAUGAGAGGUUCAGACCAGAUCAGGUGUCCAUCUUCCAGGUAGACGAGUCGGUGAGGCCUCUGACGAGCAUGACCCAGCUCAGGAUGCUGACGGACCUUCUAGAUGAACUCGAACAGCUCUUUCAGACUGUGAAGGAUGUGCUGUCAGAGAAGGUGUCAAAGAUCACCAACUUCAUAGAGCAGAGGCAGGAGGAGGAGGAGGAGGAGCUUAGCUCAGAGGAGUCAGGAUCCACUCGGUCGGACGGAAUAAGCCCAGACGUCCUGGAGCAGGAAGACCCGGAGCUGCAGGACGUUCAGGAUGACUCCUCCAGUUGACACCUCAUCAGCAACAAGAAACGACUUGGGAGCGGACACCGCCCCUCCCCGAACAGCUGAUCGCCUGUCAUCCACAUUUACCUGUUAUAUUGUGGUUUAUUUUAUUUGCUCGUUUAAAACUUUUUACUGUUUCUAAAGUUAAACGGUCUGGCUGUGAGAGAUCUGGAGAUCCAAACGCUAAACCUGUUUAUUUUCACCAGAACAUUUAAAGCUUUUACUCUUUGUCUCAUUUUCAGUGUUUAUCAGAGCAGAAAACAUAAAUAAAAUUUGAAUAAACCCUGCAA